AUGGGGGAAUGGAUUGGAAACUCGUGGUGUUGGACUUUUCAAUGGCGGCGAGUGCUUUUCGAUUGGGAAAGCGAGGACGUACGCAAACUUAAGGACUAUAUUGAUGGGUUUGGGCCGUGCAGAGGAAGGCAAGACGGCGUUAUGUGGAAGCAUAGUGGUGAUAAAACCUACCCCACAAAGAGUAUCAUUGCAAAAGCAAACGAGACCUUCUCCCCCACUCUACCUAGGCACAUCAUCAACAUUGUGUGGCGAAGCUUCAUUCCUCCAAGAGCAAAACUGACUGUAUGGUUAGAAAACCUGGAGAAACUGAAAACAGGAGACUUCCUUGUAGAAAUGGGGAUCAUAAACCCCCAAGAUGCUUUAUGUCCGUUCUGUAGCCUAGAAAUUGAAUCAAAUUCUCACAUUAUCUUUACAUGCAGAUUUGCUUGGAGCACUUGGAUGGAAAUUCUUAAAUGGUGGUCAUUAUCUUCCGCCCUCCACAAUCGAUGUAAUCAUUUUUGUAGUCAGUGGUUCAGCCUGCUGAAGAUCAGAAACUCGAGGAAAUUCUGGGGCCUCACCCUUGGAUGUGUUAUAUGGUCACUAUGGUUUGAGCGAAAUCAAAUCAAGUUCAAUCACAAGACUUUGAACUUUAGCAAUUUUAUGCAUUCUCUGAAGAUAAGGAUAAGAAUCUGGGCAAAAGAGAUACUGUUUGGUGUAUAUCUGUUAAACAUGUGGAGCUCUUGGCGAUUUUCUGUUGAUAGCUAUGGUGUGUAA